AUGUCGCUACUGACAUUUCCAACUGAACUCAUCCAUCACGUCCUGGAUCAACUGGAUAUCAAUGAUAUUCUGUUUUCAUUGCGCAACGUUUGCAGACAGUUUUAUGCCCUUACCAAUAGUUACAAUCGGUACAAAAUACGAUUCACGAGCAGUACACCAAAAGCUGAUAUUUAUCGAAUAUGUCGGAUAAUUCGACCGGAAAAUGUGAUAUCACUUACUCUGAUACAGGCACAUUCCGACAGAGUAGUGGAACGCUUCAAACUUAUUCUUUCUCUCGUCAAUAUUCAUCAAUUUACUUGUCUUCAAUCGUUAGAUCUUUAUGAAGUGGACCCAGACACUCUCGACAACAUUCUACAACAUGUCAUCACCGUUCCCACUUUCACAAAGCUGUCAGUCGCGGUAAAACCUUUUCAGCCUAUGAGUGACCGUACGGUUGAUCUUCUCUCAUCAAUACUUGCCGCAGAAAACUUUCGAGAAUUUAAGCUGUACUGUGCGACUGACCAAAUAGCAGCACUCUCGUGGUUAAGUAAAUGCAGACUAGAACGAUUAACGCUUGGCAGCUGCGAUCAGAGAGUGUUAUGUCACAUUCUUGACCGUUUACCUAAUCUUUGCAGCUUCCGAGUAGAUGAUUUCUACACAAGCUACCUUGAUCCAUCUGAUAUAAGUCUGUCCACCGCUCAUAUGUUAACGUCACUAACAUUGCGCAGCAACAAAAGAAGUAUUUAUCAAUAUGAAUCGUUGCUUUCAUAUACACCCGCACUCGUUCACCUUCGUUUGACCGAUUAUUUGACUAAAUUUGCUUGUUUACAACGUCUAUCUCAAUGGGAAUCGUUUAUUCGUCAGAAACUGCCUUCAUUACAAACAUUUAAAUUUCAUGUCAAUACAAAUGAAUAUGAGCGUCACGAUGCCAACAUCAUAGAGCCACUUGUCAAUGCGUUUCGCACCCCAUUUUGGCUUCAACUCAAACGUUGGUAUGUUACUUGUCAAUAUACCGAUGAUGGCACAAAACCGAAUCUGAGUUUGUAUUCACGAUCAGACUCGUAUAAGAAUUUUCCUGAAAAUACGUCGCGAAGCAAUUUAUCAUACUCGAUGUCGACAACUGAGAAUGACAAUGUGAUCGAUAUGAACAUUAACUGGAAGGUUCGUUUAAAUGCAUUUUACAUGAUGGGUUCUAUCGGCCUCCAUGAACCUAACAAAACAAAUCACUACAUGUUUCGAAGUAUAACUUAUUUAGCGCUCGAUUUGCAUAGCUCCAUCACUUCGUACCAGUUUCUAUCGGCACUCUCUGAUUACUCACAAUUAACGGAAAUCUGGUUAUUCUUCAACACAGACCAUCAUCAUCUUGGGCGCAAUGCGAUGCAAAAUAUACUCAAUUUAGUGGGCAAUGUUCCUACCGUUGGUAUCUCCUAUACCAAUGAUUGGACGUUAAUACCCGAAGAUAUCUUAGAUACAAUAAUCUCUCAUCAAGUCAAACAUCUUAUCAUACGAACGGUAUAUGAGGAAUGUAUGCAAUCAGUAGUGACAUAUGCUCGGCAACUGACAACUAUCACAUUUGUUUGUGACCAGUGUUCAUCAAAUGCAUGGACACAUAUGACGAGAUGGCUGGACAAGAACGGAAACAAAUAUUCCGUGAAAGAUGACAGUCGAUCUCUUUGUGUAUAUUUCGAAUAG